GUCUGCCUGGCCUCCCUUUGCCCUGUAGGGCUGUUAUCAGCUGUCUUGCCAGCACUGACCUUUACACUCAAAUAACAGAGAGGAAGAGUCCACAUUGCCACAGAGAGAGGAGCCCGACCACAGGCUCCCAUUCCUCUGUGUCAGUCGAAAGCCAUGGGCCUCAUCUCCUACAUCUCCUCCUUCCUCCCCGGCCUGCCCUGGCCACACUGGGGCAGUGUGGACUCUUUGCUGCAAGGUCUGGUCGGGGCCUGCGCGGUGUCUGUGCUUUACAACUUUAUGAAGGUUCAUCUCUACAUCAUGUGCCUGAAUGAUCCAGACAAAGAGAAGCAUGCAGAUCGGCUUCGCUCCCAGUAUCGACUGCGUGACACUCUGCACCUUGGGCUUCUAGCCAUCAUCUACUCUGUGCUGGGACCACGAGUAGGUGCUUUGGUGGUCCUGGAGUUUUCUUUGAGAGCUGUCUCCAUGGUCCUGUCUCUCAGUAAGGGUGCCCAGAGUUCCCAGCUCUUCCUCCUGUGUCAGUUCUCCCUGGGAUGUGGGGUGAGUUGCAGCCUGGACUACCUCCACGAGGGCGCCCCGCAUCGCACCUGGAACCUUCUGCUGGCCGUGGGUCUUUCAGGGCUAAUCCUCUGGCUUAGCAGGAGGAUGAUCCGCCAUGUGGGCACCAUGUACCAGCUGCAUAGCAGAGAGCGUUACUGUGGGGUUUGCCUGUCCCUCUUGGCCUCGUGGAGGGAUAUCCCUGAUGUCCUGUGUCGGGCCCUAAAAGUUGCUUUUCUGGUGUCUGACCUGGCCGGUGUGGCGGUGAUCAACAGAGAUUUCCUCAGCACCUCGGAGGCAGUCCGUUUCUGGACCCCUCUCACCAUCUGUUACACUCUGCUGGUCAUCUACAUGCAAGAAGAGCAGCACCAAAAUCCCACAGAGCAGAUGGCGUUUCAGACGGUGUUUGUGCGAAUGGGGGGCCUCCUCAUCCUUAUGAUGACAGUUGGCAGGUGGUCUGACAUUUUACACAUCAUCAUCUCAUUGGUGGGGGAGAUAUGGUGCCUGAUCCAUGCUGGAGCCAUGCUGGACAUCUGCCGAGAGCAGGACUACGCAGGAAGAGCCUCAAUUCACCACAGCUCCAAGAUGUCAACAAACUCCCGACGCAGUAGAGAAGACACCGGGCUGGAGGGAUAGAGACUCUCAAUCGCACUGAGUCUGUUACAGAGUUACAGGAAUUAUCGGAAUUCUAGAAGAUUUACUGAAGCGUUUAGUUUUAAUCUUCAGGGUGGUUUGCGGGACAGGGUGCUUGCUGCAUGGCUUCCCGCCAGGGGCAGCCCCCGCUUCUGCCUAUAUGACUCUGUGCUGACAGAAGCAUGUCAGGACCUACCACACAAGAUGCAUUUAACCGAACUGUUAUUGGAGGGACAGCUCGAGUUCUGCGGUUCAAAGGAAGCAUCUGAAAUUACCUUGCGAAGAAACAAAUUUCAUACAACCCCGGCUCAUUAAACUGGAAAACCUCUAUAAUCCACAGGUCACAAUGCCUCCUUCAACCGCCAGACACUCAAACAAUCAAUCUCUCCAUAUUUGUGUAUUUUUUUGAACAUAUUUUUGCUCAUCUUUAAAUUUACAGGAAUGUGUAUAGUCAUUUCUUUUCAGUCUUCAUUCUUUUCAGUGUGAUUUAUGUUUUUUCUAAUGUAUUUUAUGCAAACCAUUACAAGGUGAAUGUUGUAUUAUUGUAUGUUCAGCACUCGGCACCUUCAUACAAUAAGUACACGUGACGCACACACUUGGCUCUCUGUUAUUUGCAGGGUGUUGGAUGACUUCUAUAGAAAAUGGAAUGGGAAGUGCAAACCGCACAGGAACCGGCCUCGUAUCGUGUGAUGUAUCGGCAGUAUCUGUUAUACUCCCAAUGUGCAUCAUUUAUUAAAAGUGUAUAGUAACACA